GCGGCGCGCAGGGGGAGCUGGGGCCCGGGGCGCCGAGGGGAGGCCGCGUUCCCACCGCCCGCGGCCCGAGGGGGCGUCGGACGCUACCGGCCGCCCGCGGAAAUGUGACCCAGCCCCGCCGCCCAUGUGCGCCCCCCGACCCCCAGCGAAGGCGGCUGCCAUAGGGGCCCCGGCACCCGGCCUCCCGGCCCUGCCGCUGCUGCUGCUGCUGGUGGCCGCGCCGACGGGACGACCAGUUCCCUGUGUCUCUGGUGGUCUGCCUAAACCUACAAAUAUCACCUUCUUAUCUAUAAACAUGAAGAAUAUCCUACAGUGGAACCCACCACAGGGCCUACAAGGAGUGGAAGUUACUUAUUCUGUGCAGUAUUUCAUAUAUGGGCACAAGAAAUGGCUGAAUAAAUCCGAAUGCAGAAAUAUAAGUAGGACCUACUGUGAUCUCUCUGCUGAAACUUCUGACUACGAACAUCAAUAUUAUGCCAAGGUUAAGGCCAUUUGGGGAACAAAUAGUUCUAAAUGGGCAGAAACUGGACGAUUCUAUCCUUUUUUAGAAACACAAAUUGGCCCACCAGAGGUUGCUUUGACUACUGAUGAGAAAUCCAUAUCUAUUGUUCUGACGGCUCCAAAGAAGUGGAAGAAAAACCCAGAAGAAAGCUCUAUUUCCCUGGAACAAAUAUACUCUGAUCUGAAGUAUAAUGUGUCCAUAUAUAAUACUAAAUCAAAUAGAACGUGGUCCCAGUGUGUGACAAACCGAACGCUGGUAUUCAGCUGGCUGGAGCCGGACACUCUGUACUGCGUCCUCGUGGAGUCCUUCGUCCCAGGCCCUCCUCGCCUUGCUCAGCCUUCUGAGAAGCAGUGUGUCAGUACUUUGAAAGAUCAAACAUCAACAUUGAAGGUUAAAAUCAUCUUCUGCUAUGUUUUGCCCAUAUCUGUUACCGUGUUUAUUUUUUCUGUGAUGUGCUACUCCAUGUACAGAUAUACCCAUGUCAGCAAAGAGAAACACCCAGCAAAUCUGGUUUUGAUUUAUGGAAAUGAAUUUGACAAAAGAGUCUUUGUACCUGCUGAAAAAAUUGUGAUUAACUUUAUCACCCUCAGUAUUUUGGAGGAUUCUAAAACUUCUCAUAAGGAUAUAAGUGUAAUGGAAAAAAGCAACGAUGCAUCAGACCUGAAUGAGCCCAGUGAGGACCGGGAGCCCCAUCAGGAGGAAGUGGAGGUGAAACACCUGGGGUAUGCUUCACAUGUGGUGGACAUUGUGUAUGACUCUGAGAAAAGCACCAAAGGGACUUCCUUAACCCAGCAAGAGCCACCCAGCAGAACAAUGGCCACAGAUAAAACAGUCAUCGAAUGUGAAUGUGACAUAAGAACUAGUGACAUUUCUGUGGGGCCUGGAGAUCAGGAGUUCAAUUUGCAGGAGGAAGUGUCCCUACAAGGAAGGUUAUCUGAGCAACAGGCAACUUUAGCAGACUUGGGUCCACAAACACUACCAUAUUCAUAUACCCCUCAGCUCAGAGACUUGGACCACCUGCUGCAGGGGCAUGUGGACACAGAGGAGGGGCCAGAGGCAGAACCAUCGACCACACUGGUCGAUUGGGACCCUCAGACUGGCAGGCUGUGUAUACCUUCAUUAUCCAGCUUUGAACAUGACUCAGAGAGAUUUAAGCAUCCUGAGUCUGAGGGACUCAAGGAGGAGGGCCUCUUGUCUAGACUCUACCAGGAUCAGGCUCCAGACAAGACACUGGAGGAACAUGAAGCCUAUCUCAUGCAAUUUAUGGAGGAAUGGGGAUUAUAUGUACAAAUGGGAGACUAACACUCAAACUUCCCUUUGCCAGACCACUACUGUUACAAAACACGUGAGUGCAAACAGAUAAGUGACCGAACAAUAAAGUACCAGAGACAGAAGUUUACUCAGA